GGCACGGCUCUUAUUGUGAAAGGAUGAUGAGAGGCAGCGCUCACCUCUCCCGACCAUCGCUGCCUCCCGCUCGCUGCCCUGGCACCGCUACCUCCGCCCGGCCGCUCCCAGCCGAUGCUUUCUGCCCGCCGGAAUAUGUUGGCCAAAAUCCUUUUGUCCGCCGCCAGCCUCCUGCUCGCUCACCUGCUGCACUUCCUCUCCUCUUUGAUGCAAUUCAUUCCAGCGAGGAAGUCGGUGCCUGAGCCCCUGGCCAUGGGGAACCAAGCAGCUGCAUGGAACAAGGAGCCCAGCACAGGCACGUCCCGGCACUCCCAAGGUUUCAGGAAUUACCUGCCCAGCCCACCCAAGGAGCAAACCCUGUGCCACAGAGCCCGGGGGCUGCAAUGCAUCUCCCCCUUAGUGCAGAGCGUGGAGGAGACCCCCGAGCCCAUCCCAGCCAAGAUCAAAGGACAUAUCCCCAAGUGGAUUAAUGGAAAUCUGCUGAGGAAUGGCCCCGGCAAGUUUGAGUUUGGUAAUGACAAGUUUAACCACUGGUUCGAUGGCAUGGCUCUGCUGCACCAGUUCCAGCUGGCCCAUGGCACGGUGACCUACAGGAGCAGGUUCCUGCAGAGCAGCUCCUACCUGAGGAACAGCCAGCACAACCGCAUCGUGGCCUCGGAGUUUGGCACCUUGGCCAUGCCAGACCCGUGCAAGAGCAUCUUUGGGCGCUUCCUGUCCCGCUUUGAGCCGCUGCAGCCCAGCGACAACUGCAGUGUGAACUACGUACUGUACAAAGGGGAUUAUUAUGUCAGCAGCGAGAACAUCUGCAUGCACAAGGUGGAUCCAGAAACGCUGGAAACGAAGGAGAAGGUGGACUGGAGCAAGUUUAUUGCAGUGAAUGGGGCCACAGCUCAUCCCCACUACGAGUCUGAUGGGACAACCUACAACAUGGGCAAUUCCUAUGGGAAGCACGGAUCCAGCUACAACAUCAUCAGGGUUCCCCCACAGGAGUCAGCCCACGGGAACACGUUGGAGGGGGCCAAAGUGCUGUGCUCCAUCCCUCCCAGGGACAGGGCAAAGCCAUCCUACUACCACAGCUUUGGCAUGACUGAAAACUACAUCAUUUUCAUCGAGCAGCCCCUCAAGCUGAACCUGUUGAAGAUCAUCACCUCCAAGAUCCGUGGGAAAACCAUCUAUGAUGGGAUAACCUGGGAGCCUCAGCACAACACCUACUUCCACGUGGUGAACAAGCACACUGGGGAGGUGCUGCCGGGCUCUUGGUGCUCCGAGCCCUUCCUGAGCUUCCACCAGAUCAACGCCUUCGAGGAGCGUGGCUGCGUGGUGCUGGACCUGUGCUGCCAGGACCAGGGCUCCAGCCUGGCCCUCUACACGCUGCAGAACAUGAGGAGGAGCGGGGAAGGGCUGGACCAGGUUUAUGCCUCCAUCCCCAGAGCUUUCCCUCGCCGCUUUGUUCUCCCUCUGCACGUGGAUUCAGACACACCCGUGGGGAAAAACCUGAACCCACUGCCUUACACCCAGGCAAAGGCUGUGAAAGGUGCAGAUGGCAAGGUCUGGUGCACACACGAAAAUCUCCACCCUGAGGGCUUUGAGGAAGUUGGGGGCCUGGAGUUCCCCCAGAUCAAUUACGCACGCUACAACGGCAGGAGGUACCGCUACUUCUACGGCUGCGGAUUCGGGCACCUCGUUGGGGAUUCCUUGAUCAAGGUGGAUGUGGAGACCAAGAAUUUCAAGAUUUGGCAGGAGGAGGGAUCCUACCCAUCGGAGCCUGUGUUUGUGCCAGUGCCUAACGCCACGGCAGAGGACAGCGGAGUCAUCUUGUCUGUGGUGGUCUCCCCCGCUGAGAACCAAAGUGCUUUCCUGCUCGUCCUGGAUGCAGAGACCUUCCGGGAACUGGGGCGAGCAGAAGUCGGGGUGCCAGUGCCUUACGGGUUCCACGGCAUCUUCGCUGCCCACUGAGGAGCUC